AUGGGAGCAGUAUUAUCUAUUGAUGGUGAGCCACUUUUAUCUUCAUCUGUUUUCGAUGAGUUAUCAAAAUUACAAUAUCUUGAACAUCUAGAAUUGCGUUAUGCAACAAAUGUGAAAGAUAGUACAAUUAUUGCUAUUGCUAAUAAUUGUAAAAACCUGAAAAGUUUAGAUAUUGGAUAUUGCACAGCUAUUACUGAAACAGCUCUUGUUGCUUUAACAAACUUGAAAAAUUUACAAAAACUUAAUCUUCAUGAAGGAUCAAUAAUUGCUAUUUCAAACAAUUGUAAAAAACUUAAACGUUUAGAGAUUCUUGAUUGCACUAUAGUAUCAUCUAUUGAUGGUGAGCCACUUUUAUCUCCAUCUGUUUUUGAUGAGUUAUCAAAAUUACAAUAUCUUGAACAUCUAAAUUUUCGUUAUGCAAAUAACCUGAAAGAUAGUACAAUUAUUGCUAUUGCUAAUAAUUGUAAGAACCUAAAAAGUUUAGAUAUUGGAUAUUGCAAAGCUAUUACUGAAACAGCUCUUGUUGCUUUAACAAACUUGAAAAAUUUACAAAAACUUAAUAUUAUAAAUAAUAAUCCAGAUCUUAAAAAGAUUAAUGUCUGGUGUAUAAAUAAUAUUACGAUUGAUUUGGUUAUUGCUGCUGAUCAGGCAACUAAAAGUCGUACAAAUGGUAUCAUUUUACAACUAAUAAUAAGUGGAUCGCUGUAUUUUACAAAAGGUAGAAUUUUACUUAUCGAUCGACGAAUUUUUAAGAAAAUUAUGAAAGCUGGAGGGACCUGUUCACUUGGAGUUCCAGAAAUUCAUGGUUGCACUAUAGUAUCAUCUAUUGAUGGUGAGCCACUUUUAUCUUCAUCUGUUCUUGAUGAGUUAUCAAAAUUACAAUAUCUUGAACAUCUAGAAUUGCGUUAUGCAAAAAAUCUAAAAGAUAGUACAAUUACUGCUAUUGCUAAUAAUUGUAAAAACCUAAAAAGUUUUGCUAUUGAAAAUUGCACAACUAUUACUGAAACAGGUCUCUGUGCUUUGACAAACAUGAAAAAUUUACAAAAACUAAACAAACUUACUGAUGCUGGUAUUAUUCAAUUUAUAAAAAAUAACCCAGAUCUUGAAAAGAUUGUUAUCGAAAGUUUAGAUAAUAUUACAAUUGAUUUGGUUAUUGCUGCUGAUCAUGCAACUAGAAAUCGUACAAAUGGUAUCAUUUUACAACUAAUAAUAAGUGGAUCGAAAUCAAUAAUUGCAAUUUCAAACAAUUGUAAAAAACUUAAACGUUUAGAAAUUCCUGAUAGCCAUUUAGUACCAUCUAUUGAUGGUGGGCCACUUUCUUCUCCAUCUGUUCUUGAUGAGUUAUCAAAUUUGCAAUAUCUUGAACAUCUUAAUUUACUUAAAGUAAGUAAUUACCUAUGUGAGGGAAUAAAUCUUGAAGAUAGUACAAUUAUUGCAAUUGCUAAUAAUUGUAAAAAUCUAAAAAUUUUACAAAUUCGAAAUCACAAAGCUAUUUCUGAAACAGCUUUAGCUGCUUUAAUAAACUUGGAAAAUUUACAAAUACUAGACAUAAUUGAUCUUAAUAUUACAGACGAUAUUAUAAUUAAAUUAAAAUGCUUAAAAGAAUUGCAUUGUUCUUAUUGCCAGAAACUUACUAGUGCUGGUAUUAUUCAAUUUAUAAAAAAUAACCCAGAUCUUGAACAAAUCUAUGCCGUGGAAACAGGUAAUAAUAUUGAAAGUGACUUGAUUAUUGGUGCUAAUCAGGCAACUAAAAAUCGUACAAAUGGUAUCAUUUUACACCUUAUACUUCGUAUUAGUCUAUUUUCGAAGAGGCCAAUGAGUGAAUCUCAAUGGUUGAUGAUUAGAAAUGUAUAA